GGGGCCUGCGGCUUCUAGGAGCGUGGGAGCGUAGUGCUGCGCAGUGAGUUCUUGUGUGGUCCUGCUGACGGUGGCUUCGGCCUCGGCCUCGGACCCCGCGGAGCAUGGCGACGCUGCGGCUGCUGCGCCGAGCCCCCCUCGCAGGGCUGCCGGUGGGCCUCGGCCGGGCGCGGGCGCUCAGCACCACGGCUCCGAGAACCAGCUACAAGUAUGUGAACUUAAAGGAGGACCCAAUGGACAUGAAAUCCAUCACUGACCGAGCUGCCCAGACACUGCUGUGGACAGAGCUCAUCCGAGGCCUGGGUGUGACCUUGAGCUACCUCUUCAGAGAACCUGCCACCAUCAACUACCCCUUUGAGAAGGGCCCCCUGAGCCCUCGUUUCCGUGGAGAGCAUGCCCUUCGUCGCUACCCAUCUGGUGAAGAACGGUGCAUCGCCUGCAAGCUCUGUGAGGCCAUAUGUCCAGCCCAGGCAAUCACAAUUGAGGCGGAAACACGAGCUGAUGGCAGUCGGCGAACCACCCGCUAUGACAUUGAUAUGACUAAAUGUAUCUACUGUGGUUUCUGCCAGGAGGCCUGCCCAGUGGAUGCCAUUGUGGAGGGCCCCAACUUUGAGUUUUCCACGGAGACACAUGAGGAACUGCUGUACAACAAGGAGAAGCUGCUCAACAAUGGGGACAAGUGGGAGGCUGAGAUUGCUGCCAACAUUCAAGCAGAUUACCUGUACCGGUGACAGACUGCCCUCCUGCACCCUGCCUCCCACCCCCUCCAAUAAAGGGCCUAUACCCAUCA